UGAGGAUUUGCAUAUGCAGGUACAGUUGGUAGAAGGAGAGUGAAAAUGGUUGAGAAGACAAAGGGAAGGAAGGAGGAGGUGGUGACUAGAGAGUACACCAUCAACCUCCACAAGCGCCUCCAUGGCUGCACAUUCAAGAAGAAGGCUCCUAACGCCAUAAAGGAGAUCAGGAAGUUUGCCAAGAAGGCCAUGGGAACAAAUGACGUCAGGGUGGACGUGAAGCUGAACAAGCAGAUCUGGAGCAGAGGAAUCAGGAGCGUCCCAAGAAGGAUCAGGGUUCGCAUUGCUCGCAAGAGGAACGACGACGAAGAUGCAAAGGAAGAGCUCUACUCCCUUGUUACCGUUGCUGAGAUCCCAGCAGAAGGACUGAGUGGAUUGGGCACCAAGGUCAUUGAAGAGGAUGAAUGAUCAAUUCAUUUCCGUUUUAAGUAAGCUACUCUCAUUAGGAAGAACAGAGAAUUUUAUAUGCUUUUUCGAAAAACCUUCAGGAGUUUGUUACCAAACUUAAGACUUGUUUCAGGUAGUUUGGUGUAUUUUUGUUUGGUUAAAUAUUCAGCACCGGUAAUGUACUUUUUGGUUUUUAA